CAAAAAAUAAAAACAUACAACAGCCGGUGUUCGCCAGUGGUCACCCACCUGACUACUAAUCUGCCGGUUAGUGGCUUGUCUAUGGGGGAGCAGACGGGACCCCGAAUUCUCCACUACCUAUGGUCGUAUGUGCUUGGUAGUAUGAACAAUCACCUUAUAAGGACGCUCAGCUCAAAUGAUUUACCAGCGCAUGGAUAG